CGGGACGGAUGGCUGCUCGGGCUCUGCUUGGAAGAGGAGGAGGAGGGUCUUGCGGGUCCGGGAAGAAGCCGAGGCGGGGUGCGAGAGUCCCCGGGAGGGAGUGAGUCUGCCUGCCUGCUUGCUUGCCUGGCAUAGCGGCCGAGGAGGAUGCCUUGGAGGCAGGAGGAGAUGUCAGAAUUUCUACAGUGGAGUCUAAUUUGGUUGUAAAGAUCCAGCAGAUGACCUGAUGUCCAGUAGAAAUAAUCUUUCCUAUGACAGUAUUGGGACAGAUUCCAGUAAAGUGAUGGAAGAGUACAACCAUAUGCAAAGCCAGGUGGAAAUACAAAAUACGAGUUUGGGAAAGGAAAUAAUGAUGAAUUCUCUUGAAAAUGAUCUUCAAGACAUAAUGGACAGGCUCAACCAGAAAAAAUAUUCGUCUAGUCUGAAAUUGAAAACAAAUGCUGACUACUCUGGUUCUUACUUAACCCUCUCACAGCCCCUGUCACCACCAAAGUCUAGCCCUGUGUCCAGUGUUAAAAGCAUGCCAUCUGUUACCAGAAUCCAAGGAAGCAAACCACUGGUUUGUGAGAGCUCUUAUCUUUCAGACAGGAAUGUUUCUGCAAAGCACAUGGGCUCUCUUUCAGGCACGUCUCCAUCCUUCAGUGAGCACAGUCUCAGGAAGAGAGACUUUGAUAUUUAUGCUUCCAGAGAAAAUGAGAAACAGUUUGGACAUCUGGAUAAGUUUCCCUAUUCAAAGUAUAGUCAGAAGAAUAAAUCUCAUGAUAACGUCUACUUCCCAGGAGUGCUAGAUGGGCGGAAAAACUCCGGCUCUCUUCUUGCAAUGUGGAAUGGAAGCUCAGGGAAUGAGAUCAUUCUUUCACCACUUAGUGGCUCUGGAGCUGCAAGUAUGCCCUCCAGCCCAAAGCAAGGCCGGAGGAUGAAUAUUCAAGACCUUCUGUCACUUCAGUCCAGGGUAGCUAAACAGAAAGACCCAACAAUGGAAAUUUUGGGGUCCAGAACCAGGAAGUACUCUGGUGGUUCACUGAGCCAUAUGGGAGUUUAUAGCCGUUCCUUACCUAGGCUUUACAAAUCUACAGAUAGCCAACUCAUGCCGCUGAGUUUACCCCCAAGAAGCUCCCUCGGGAAUUCCAAAAGAAAAAAGGCGAUGGAAAAAGAUCUUCUACCUCAAAGCAUGCUGGAUGCCGACAAUUACCUUAAUUUUUCUUCUCACACCUCAGGGGUUUCUCCAUAUACAAACUUUGCAUCUGAAAGCAAUUCCUAUGUGAACUCCACUCUCAGUGUUCCUGCGAGCCCUCGCAUGGCUCGGAAGAUGCUUCUGGCAUCUUCUUCUUCGUACCCUUCUGAUGACUUUGACAGAGUUGGACUCUCAGGGACCAGCCCAAGUAAUUCUUUCAUUCCUAUAGAUUCUGAGAGGGCAUUCUCUUUUCAGAGGAAAGUUUCAAGCAGUUCCAUGGAGUUUGAUGAAACAGAGCUGGAUAACCUCAGGCAGACUCCUUCCAUACGAGAGAGAAAGAAUAGCAUCAGUUCCGUCUCUGGAAGGGAUGACUUAAUGGACUACCACAGGAGACAGAGAGAAGAAAGGCUUAAAGAGCAAGAGAUGGAGAGACUGGAACGCCAGCGGCUGGAGACAAUCCUCAACCUGUGUGCAGAAUAUUCCAAGCCUGACAGUGAUCCUGUUACUGUCACAACUGUAGCUGAUGUUCAAAAAAUCAAUAAAGAACUUGAAAAGCUUCAGCUGUCUGAUGAAGAUUCUGUAUUUGAAGAUUCUCAGAUGACUCCAGAAACAAGAUUGAGACGGCACUUGCAGUCACCUACUGGAGAUUCCGAUUUCUCUGACUUCAGUGAUCUUGGUCAGAAUUCUCUGGGAAUCUUUUCUUCUGGAGGGGCCAGAACAAAUAAAUAUAUAAAUGACAACCGGACAAUUUCACCUUCACCUGCUUCUGCCUUCAUGAAGGGUGUCAAUGAUUCUUCUUACCUAAGCAUCAUGUCAAAGACACCAGAUUGCAUGGCUGAUGAACAAAGAGCGAUGCAGCUUAAUCAAAUGGAAGAACAGCGCCUUGUGAUACUGAAUAACUUGGAAGAACUUGAACAAAAAAUCAAGGAUUUAAAUGAUCAGAUGGAUGAGUCCUCCAGAGAGAUGGACAUGGAAUGUGCUCUGUUGGAUGGAGAGCAGAAAUCCGAAACAGCUGAACUUCUCAAGGAGAAGGAAAUACUAGAUCAUUUAAACAGGAAGAUAGCAGAGCUGGAGCGAAAUGUUAUUGGCGAAAAAACUAAGGAAAAAAUAAAGCUUGAUGCUGAGAGGGAAAAACUAGAAAAGCUUCAGGAGCUUUAUUCCGAGCAGAAGACCCAGCUUGAUAAUUGCCCCGAGUCCAUGAGGGAACAAUUACAGCAACAGCUAAACAGGGAUGCAGACCUGUUGGAAAUAGAAAGCAAACAUUUUGAAGAUCUGGAAUUUCAGCAGCUCGAAAAUGAGAGCAGGCUAGAUGAAGACAAAGAGAACUUAACCCAGCAGCUCCUGCGUGAAGUGGCUGAGUAUCAGCGGAAUAUUGUCAGUAGAAAGGAGAAGAUUUCUGCUCUCAAAAAGCAAGCCAAUCAUAUUGUCCAGCAAGCUCAGAGAGAACAAGAUCAUUUUAUCAAAGAAAAGAAUAACCUGUUGAUGAUGUUGCAGAGAGAGAAGGAAAAUCUUUGCAAUUUAGAAAAGAAAUACUCUUCACUCUCAGGAGGAAAAGGAUUCCCUGUAAACCCAAGUAGCCUAAAAGAAGAUUAUAUGAGUGUAAAUGACAUUAGUGAGCCGUAUGGCAAUUCCACGAACAUAUCCCCUUCCACUCAGCCCCCCACUGCUGCUGAAGCUGUUCCCACUGAACUUUCCACAGUUGGCCUGAUGAGCCAGCCACAAAACAAAGAGGCACCUCUCUGUCCUGGAUUUGUGCUUCCUCACCCCCUUUCUCCUCGUCCUCUUGCACAACUUUCACCAGCCCAAUGGCCUGAGGUCAGGGCUGCAAAUGUAGAGCCUUGUCCUUUACCUGACACACCGCCUCCUCUUCCAGCUAAGAAGCAUCGGAGGCAGUCACAGCAUUUCCGAAAUCUGGAAGAGAGGAGAAAGCAACAUAAAGAAGGCCCAUAUAUGAGUGAUACUUUGCCACGCAAAAAAACAGCUCCUUCUGUAUCGCCACAUUUCAGUAGUUCGACUCUUGGACGAAGUGUUAAGGGUCAUCUCCCACUUGGACAAAGCAAUAGCUGUGGUAGUGUACUACCUCAUUGCUUGGGAUCUACGGCCAAAGAGUCCGAAUCAAGAAGAACACAUAAAGGAACAAUUAAUCAUUCCAAAAGUACAAGUAAUAAAGGUUAUAAUCAGCAACACAUAUGUGAAGAGCAAAACCAGAAGUCCCCUGAAUUCUACAGCAGAACAGCCUCUGAGUCAAAUGUAUACCUGAACACGUUCCAUUAUCCUGAUCAUAGUUUCAAGGACCAUGCCUUUGACACUCUGAGUUUAGACAGUUCUGACAGCAUGGAAACCAGCAUAUCUGCCUGUUCUCCAGAUAAUAUUUCCAGUGCUAGUACAUCAAAUGUUGCAAGACUAGAAGAGAUGGAAAGACUUUUGAAACAAGCUCAAGCUGAAAAGAAUCGACUGCUUGAAUCCAGGGAACGAGAAAUGGAAGCUAAAAAAAGAGCAUUAGAAGAUGAAAAGCGUCGCAGAGAGCAGCUUGAGAAAAGACUGCAAGAAGAAACCAGCCAGCGACAAAAACUCAUUGAAAAGGAAGUUAAGAUUCGUGAAAAACAACGACAUCAGUCUCGGCCCUUGACUCGUUACUUGCCAGUCAGAAAGGAGGAUUUUGAUCUACGCAGCCACAUAGAGACAGCUGGCCACAACAUAGAGACCUGUUACCAUGUUUCACUUACUGAGAAGACCUGCCGAGGGUUUCUUAUUAAGAUGGGAGGCAAAAUCAAAACAUGGAAAAAGCGAUGGUUUGUGUUUGACAGAAACAAGAGAACAUUUUCUUAUUAUGCAGACAAACAUGAAACUAAAUUAAAAGGAGUAAUUUAUUUUCAAGCCAUUGAAGAAGUCUAUUACGACCAUCUAAAAAAUGCUUAUAAGAGUCCUAAUCCAUUGCUUACCUUCAGUGUUAAGACUCAUGACAGAAUAUAUUACAUGGUAGCCCCAACACCAGAAGCUAUGCGGAUAUGGAUGGACGUAAUCGUGACCGGAGCAGAAGGCUACACCCACUUCAUGUUGUAGAAAAUGGUGCAAAAGUCCAUUGGCAGGGCAUAAUGCAAUAACAGCCUCAAAUCUGGGGAUGCAAGCCAUAUUCUGUCACAUUUGAUGAGCAUCACAAAAUAGCAAGAA